GCAGAUUUCUGGGUUUCACAUCUGUCUCUUAGCGGCAGUGCAGGUCGUGGCUUACCGUUAUGAAGCUGGUUUUGGUGCUGUGUGCCCUCGUGUCUGCUGCUGCUGCUCAAGGUCGAAAACCGUCGGAAGCGGUUAUCCUGGAGAUGAGCCACGAAAACGACGGAAUGGGUCAAUACAGCUACGGUUUCAAGACUAGUGACGGGUUGGUGCGCCAAGAGGAGUCAGUCCUGAAAAAUCCAGGUACCAAAGACGAGGCGAUCCAGAUGCGCGGAAUCAUCACGUGGAAGGACGAAAACGGCAGAGAGUACAAAAUCUCCUACGUAGCGGACGAGAACGGCUUCCAUCCAGAGUAUAACCUAUGAUUUAUCGUGGACCGCAUGUGGAGUGACAAAACAAAUAGAGGCGGUGCCCUCAGUUCUCUUGCUGUAUACUGUCAUGCAGUCAGUUUCUUUUUUCUUGUGACGAGUUACCUUAUAGUAACCACAUUACAUUAUGUACUUAAAGGUUACUGCCAACUUUGUAGCUAUUUAUCUACUGAUCGUAUAUGUUAGAGCAUAGUAAAAUU